CAAGGACACGAUCACUCCCGAUGAGCCACCAAAGGACACCACACCUGCCGACGAUCCGCACGAUCUGACAGCUGAGCCGGACGACACCGCCUGGGAGGACGCCCCGGAAGCCCUCCCGAAACAACCAGAGCAGAACGGCACAAACGGCGUGGAGCACAUCUCAAACCACUCUGGCCCACAAACACCGACACACCCACCACCCCAACAAGCACCACAGCCAGCACCAAUCCCCUUACCAUCACCUUGCUUGACCGAAGCCCGUUCAGCUACCAGUCGAUCUCCGGAGCACCAUCGUCUCUCUCACCCUGGCUCGCCAGCAAUAGCGGCCUACUCGCCUCCGGUGUACAAUAAAUACCCCAGCCCAGGCGUCUAUCCUUAUGGCCCAUACGGCAUGGGUAUGAAUGGUUCCAAUCCCGACAUGAUACCGCCUGGAAGUUGUGCUCCUUCGUCCGGUAGCUUUGCUACCGCAUUCCGUUCGCCCGUCAUGGAGCAUGCCCGUAUGGGCUCUCCUUACGGUUAUCAUCAUCAAAAGCGCAUGUCGAGCGGCGGACAAAAUUAUUUCCCUGGUGCCAUGGAACCUUCUCCGACGAACGGGCACCGGAUGGAGAAUGGAAACGGAUUCCUUGACGACGGGAACGGGCAUCACGAGCCCUUUAACCUCUUGAGCCGGAUUGAAAAGGUCAUGCCGGACCUCACCCGCUUGCUGCACAGCUACAAAGAAACGCAAAGCAAGCUCUCUGCCAAGGAGGCCGAGACUCGACAGCUGGAAGCCCAGCAUGAACAAGCUCUCAUGCACAAGGACUUCUACAUCGAGGCUCUGCAGACACAGAUGAAGAAGGCCGCGACCGAGAACGCCCAGGAAGUUUCCAAACUCAAGAAUUCCAUCAACGAACUUCGCAUGGAAAUCGGAAACCUUCAAGAGAAGAAGAAGGACGUCGAGGAGACCCUGGAAGCGUGCCAGAAGGAGAACGACCAGUUGUCGUUGGCAAAGGUCAAGCUGGAGAAGGAGAUCGACAACUUGCAUAACAAGAUGCGCGAUCUGCAGGAGGCGCAUGAAAAGGCGAUGGAGGAGCAGAAAGCGCACGAGAAGGCCGAGUUGCAGAACCAGAAGGAAGAGCUCACCAAUCUUUUCGAGGAGAUCCGGAGUGAGGAUGAGAAGGCCGCCAACGAGAGGCUCGAAGCACGCGAGAAGGAGCUCCUCGAUGAGCAGGAAUCCCUGAAAGCUGCCUGGGCUCAGGAGAAGCAGCAGAUGGAGGAAGAACACGCAACCGCCAUGAGCAACAAGCAGAGUGAGCUUGACGCGAAGGUUGAAGAGCUCAACAAUACGCAAGCCGAGCUGGAGAGAACGCGUGAGGAGCGUGACACCAAGAUCAGCGAGUUGGAGUCCACGCAGAGUGAACUGGAAUCCACGAAAGCUGAGCUCGAGGCGACCCGCGAGGAGCGUGACGCCAAGAUCAGCGAAUUGGAGGCCACGAAGAGUGAACUGGAGUCCACGAAAGCCGAGCUGGAGACAACUCGUGAGGAGCGUGACACCAAGAUCAGCGAGUUGGAGGCCACGCAGAGCGAAUUGGACUCUACGAAAGCAGAGCUGGAGACGACCCGCGAGGAGCGCGACACCAAGAUCAGUGAAUUGGACGCUACGAAGGCCGAUCUGGAGACGAAGAUCACGGAGCUGGAAGACAAGCAGAAGGAACUUGAGGAUGCUCGCCAGAAGCACGCCGAGGAGGUGGAACAGCUGACGGAGUCUCACCGCAGCGAAAUUGAAAGUCUGCAGGAGGCACACUCCAACGAAAUCCAGGAGCUUCGGGACACUCACGCCAGCGAAAUUAGCAGCCUGAAGGAUUCGCACGAGGAGGAGCUGGCCACUACCAAGAAGGAGGCCGAGGACCGGGUGCAGGCUCUGACGGCCGACAUUGAAGAGAAAGAGAAACAGUGGGCUGCCGACAAAGCCGACUAUGAGAGACAGCUGAAUGAGAAACAGGAAGAACUGGCGAGUCUGGAGAGGGAGAAGGAGGCAUUGGAACAGGAGGACAUUGCCAGAGAGAAGAAGCUUCAGAGUGCCAUCGAUGAGAUGCGCCGAACGAUUGACAACAUGGAGAGCGACCGCGAGAAACUGCGGAGGACAUUGCAGAGCCUCGGAGAGGCGACUGAUCUCAAGAGUUCCAAGGGUGAUGCAUUCUUCCUGGAUGCCUUCGGACAGCUCUCUCGUCUUAUCGUCGACCUGUCCAAGGAGCACUUUUCCUACCUUCCUAUCGACCCGCCCAAGGACAUCCUGGAGAAGAUCCCUCCUGAGAUGCCCUCGUUCUUGGACAAUACGCCGGCCUCACGCGAGCUGCGGUCCGCUUAUAUCCAGCAUGUGAUCUCGAAGACCCUGACGUACCGCAUCUUCCAGCCGUUCCUCUUCACGCUGGGCAGACGGUACGACAAGGCAGAUACCUUCUUCCAGGUGCUGUCGAUGGACAUCCGACGCAAGUCGGUGCGCCGGGAGGCAUUCUGGAGACAGCAGACCCUCAAGGCUGCUUACACGACGUCGGACGCUAAGCAGUCCAUUAAUGUGGUGGCAGCCGUGAUCGUGGAUGAAAUCGUCGACCACAUCAAGCACUUUGCUGACCCCAAGCGUCUCGACGCUAUCAUCUCGGGAGUCCGCCGCAUCGUCAAGCUGGCGGCCGAGACCUGGAGACAUGCGCGUGUCGAGCGAGAACUGGUGCUGGCAACCAUGCCUGCGCCAGAAUCCGAAGGUGUUGCGAACGACGAGUGGGUCGAAUACACGGGCGGAAGAAGAGUGGAAAGCAGCUCACAGCAUGACCCGGCCCGUCAUGUUCUCCUGCGCCUGUUCCCUCGCAUCUACCGUGAAGCGGCCCACGAGGACUUUGCCGACGACAAGGAGAAGAUGAACCCGUGCGUCUACUCGCCGGGAGUUGUUUUGUUCUCCGACUCGCCGUCGGUGCUGGCUCGUCGGGAGGAGCUUGCGCGGAGGGCGAUGGAGGCGAAUUAA